UCUAUAAAAAAAAUGCAGGCGUCAUAGCUAAAGAGAAUCCGCACCAGUUGAUAUGAGGUCACAACAGUAAAAAAAAGUUUGAGAGUGGGGAAAACUUGCCAGGCGAGGUUCAUUCAAAUUUUGCAGAUCAGGAAAGAACAUGUCAGUCUACUCCACAAGCACCAGGGGGCAGUGCACACCCUACAUCAAUGACCUGGUCAAAUUUGUCAAACUCAACAUACGAGAACCAGAAGUCCAACCAUUUAUGUGCAAGAAGGUAUGGAUGCGGAACAGCAAUCAUCUGGUGGAAGAGAGGAGGAACCACUUGUGGAGGAAACACUACUACCGCAGACAAAACAAUCUGUCCCGGGGAUACCACUCUGUGCCGUGGGAGCCCUUCCAAACAAUGGGAGGUGAGCUUGUCAUUGAUACAGGCCAGCUCCUCAUGCAAACACUCUCACAUGUACUGGGCAAUAAGGAACUCAGGAAGCACUCACACCAUGAUAUGGACAACCAGGAUACCCUUCCACCAGUAGAAAACCCACCGUUUGAGAGCAAAGCAACAGGGAGUGUUGAAGCCAAAAAGUUUUCUCGUGCAGGUUUUGAAGAUAUCAUGGAAGCUCUUCAGAUAACACGGGCUCGCAUAGCAGCAGUAAGAGCAGGACUUCCCUAUGAGGAACAUGUCCGUUUCAUUGAGAACAUGUCUAGGUAUGGUGAAGAUCAGCCAGAGAAUGACAUGGAGCUGCUGUCUCUCACGGACCUGGGCCUGCUCGCCAUGCAGUCUCGCAACACACGGGAGUCGGACCAGGACACAGACCUGGAGUCAGGUGGCCGGUCUUCCCCAGGCAAACCACUCCUCUCCUCCAGCCCUGUCGACAGUGAUAACAAGAGCCCUGCUAGUGUCCAAUUGGGAGAUGGAGAAGACAUUGGUACUUCCCCUUCCAUCUGCUCAUCUGAGCUGGAGUCAGGUAGUCAUGACAACAAGAUGAUUCGUAUUGCCAGUCUUCUGAGCCGAGAAAUGCAGGAACGAAGAUGCAGAGACCACAUAGAGUAUCUGAAUGACAUUCACAGUGUCAUCUUGUCACUCAGGCGGAUGCAAACACGUGACCUCCGCAGCAAGACUCCUCUGUCACGCGAGAGCCUUCGAGAGCUGAUGAAAGCCUAUACCGGGACUGAGAGGGAUAGUCGACUUACACAAGUACGGUUUUCCCGCAACUAUAACCGCCGUAUGUCCAUGGACACAAGUAUGUCGGGAGACACCUCUUCCUUGAGCCAGGAGGGUGGACGAUCAUCCAUCGUAUCGCAGACACCUACGUCACGGCGUCGUAGUCGAGUGGGGUCCAUUUUUGGACCACUACCAACACCAUCUUCAAGACGCAAGACUCGGAUUUCGGAGCAUGACUAUUGUCGGGUUGAGACCUGGGACGACCUGAUCAGCUUGGAUGAAAAGACGGGCAAUGGUGGCACUCCAGCAGCCAUGACACCGAACAUAAUCCUGAGGACUCUGAAAUGGUCACGGAAAACAAGCUUUGUGCAAGGUGACAGUGUCGAUGAUCGGGAAGCAAAGAGACAACCCAUCUGGCAGCAGGUGGCACUGGAGAAGACCACUGGUAUCUUUACCAAGAGCAAGAGGAAACAGAGCAAGCUGGAGGACAAUGCCUUGAUGGUAGAGAGGGUGAAACACAACAUGGCCAAGCUGAAGCACAACCUGCAGAUUGAGGUGGAUGCUGACCUGCAGAGGCUGGAGAGGACAAAGAUGGUGAUAUUCAGAUUCAAGAUGCAGUGUUUUGGUGACCUGCAGCCGAGCUCUCUGUUAGAGAAUCACUGUGAGCACAUGCAAGAUGCUGUAGAACUGAUCUGUGCCAACCCUGAUGUGGAAAUCCAGCCGUCAAAGUGGUACGAUGAGCUAAGAGAGAGAACCCACAUGAAGAUAGCGUCCAAUGAUCCAGAUAUCGAUGAAGCCUUGUCAAAGAUCGGCCGAUUCUCUCAGUUUGGAGUGAAGAGUAUCCUGUAUUCAAAAGCCAAGCUGUGUCUCCUAGUCAUGUCACUGCCUGCAUAUCAAGUCUGCACAAUCUCCAUGCAAGCAGCAUUGAAGUUUGUCAUGGAGAAGAUCCUGGUGGGCCAGGAAGAGGUUCUCCAGCACUGGCUGCAUCAGCGACGACUGCCCUGGGUGCUGGUCCGGAAGUCACUGUAGUCUCUUCAAUAAAAAGAGGAAUUACAUCCUGCUGCUGUUAUGUGUUA